GUUUCGUACUUGAGUUUAUUAUGUUAUCAUUAAAUUGGUGAAGGUUUUCAGCAAGGUUCAGAAGCAAAUAACRAUAUGAUUGUAAAAGCAAUGUUAACUUGGUCUGCACUGUUCUUUGCAUGUGUCAAUGGUCUUGUGGCGCAGAACAUGGCAUAUCGAAGGGAACUAGACAAGUAUCUACGAAGUAAAUUCGUGACUUUCGCCAAACGUGGCUUCGAAUCGACCAAUAAGUUCCGCAGCAUUCACCAUUCGCCUCCCCUCAAGUGGUCCGACAAGCUAGCCGCACGUGCGCAAAAACUUGCUUACCAAAUGGCGCUAAAUGGAACCAUCCAGGCACCAGGGAUAGACGAGAUAGGAGAAAACAGAGCAAAGCUGUCUGCAGUYAACUACGACUGCGAGCUCGCCGGAGAAGAGGCAACGCGUAUAUGGUACRCGCAAGGAAGCCAUUACAGUUAUUCAGACCCUCGUUUAAACAGCGAUACAGACUCCUUCACUCAACUUGUCUGGAAAGACAGCCGUGAGAUUGGCAUGGGUUGCGCGCAAAGAAAGGGUUCAGUUACCAAUGAGAUUUACGUUGUAGCGCUGUAUUAUCCUCCGGGGAAUUCAGAAUCGACACUGAGAGAUAACGUGAUAGAUCCUAAGAGAAUGAGUAAUAAGGAUGUGUACGCCACGAUAUAUCGGCGAGAACACAUGGGACACGACCAAAGCAACAAGAACUGAAGUCAUUUUCUACCUAAAUAUAGUCAAAUAUAGAAAAACGAUUUGAAAUGUUUCUUCGAUUGUCUCCCUCCAAGCGUCAUGGAAGGAGGUCGGUGUUGUGUGUCCUGCACGAUGGUGUUGUGUUAAUGGAUAAAGACUUGAGACAGAGCACUCAGACUUGUUCUUAGUCCACUUCUCGCAAUUAACUAAAUGAACGAUGUUUAUAUAUAUUUCUUUUGCAAUACAUCAUGUUUAUGGGCUGUAGUCAACUUGCUUGUCUGUCUUGUCUGUUGCUUCGUAUGUUUGUCUGUUUGUUUGUUCRAGUAAUUCCCAAGAUAAUCUAUACCCUAAAAAUUCAGUUUUUUCGCGGGUUUAAAAAAGACAUAGUAGGGCUUCUGUGAUGACGGAAUGCUGUGAAAUAAUACAAACAUACACCUUAGAAUUGUCCACAGCUGUCUGUAAUAGAGGAACUAGACUCGUAGUACUGCUGCUUUAACUCUCUUAGAGGGAUUUUUAAUCAUAUGCAGGCCAGUUAACAUCUCGCUGAUGGCACGAUUGAACGACUAACAAAGCCUCUCAAUUCAUCAAUCACUGAAUCAAUCCAUCAAUCACUGAAUCAAUCCAUYAAUCAAUCAAUCAAUCAAUCAAUUUAUUUACUACCAGUUUUACCGUGACAGACUAAAAUAUAUAAUGA